UUUAGAAUCGUUGCUGUGAAUGCUAUUGUUUAUCUAUUCCAACUUAACCCUUUUUCUGUUCCUACUAUUAAGUACCAGCGUGUGAAUGUGGUGAUGUUGGAACCAGAAACAAAAGGAAAAAACCAGUUCCAUCUGCCUUGGACCGAACAGCCGUCAUAUUGGGCCUUGGACCAUACUGGAAAAGGGUAAGCCGAGCGAAUGGUAACACAUUUAAGCAGUACUUACAAAAGGGGGCGACUGAUUGUCACGUUGAUAUUUUCGUGUUUCAUCAUUCAUCACGGUGUGCAGGAAAAGUAAAAUUUGUGUUGUAAUCCAGAAUAAUUCCCACCAAAAAGGGGGCAGUGCAUUGAUAGGACUUCAAAAUGUCGUUCACGUCCAGUUUUGUUUGCUUUACCAGCACAGAGUCUGACUGUAAAUGAUGGAGGAAAACCUUUCGCCAAUGACGUAUAUCUUUUCCCCCUUUAAUCUGCUUGAUAUUUCACGGGCUAAGUGUACGCACAAUAGAUGUGAAGGAUCAAAAUCUAUCAACAAUGACAGUGCAGGAAAUGGCAAAUCUUAAAUUACCAAGUAUUGUUUUUGAAAAGUUUAUUAGAUUUCUCAUCAUUUGAAACACCAACAUGCUGCUAGACCCUAUUGCAUAAGUAUUUCUUACAUUCGAAACUUUACGGCUUACGUGAAUUUCUGGUUUUGCAUUCAACCGCGAAAAGCUUAAUGCGACUUUCUCUUUAGGUCACAGGUCUCACCGUUGCAAUGCUUCCAAAGUUCUGUGUUGGGCUGGAUAAAAAAGAACUGUCGUUAUCUUCUGAGAGAAACGGGCAGGCAUCAACGAACUGGUUUCUUCAUUUUUUUCGUCAACAGUUUGUUUGGAUGGAUAUUCUUAAUCCAGGUUCACCGUGUUACGGCCAGAGACAUAGUAAGCCAGGAUUUCCCAACCUUAAGCUCACUUGAAAGUAGGAUAAAUGAAAGUCCGCACUAUUGGUGUUGGUGGCGACCAACCAGUGCACCGCUACACCUGUGAAUGCACUUAUUCGAAAGUGAAAUUGCACACCUAGGCCUUAAAUAGGCUUAAGAAUUUUCAGGGGGGAAAGUCUUGGCGGUGAUGACAUUCGGCUUCUCGUAUUAUGUUACCUGAGUGGCGAUGACUCGGUCAGCCAAUCAUCUCUCAUCGGUGGACGGCUUUUCUAUCAUACGUCAAAAUAGUCGAAGCAGUUGUGGAUUGAUUGAUAGUAUGGCUGCUUUUGGUGAUAAUGUUCAAUUUGCGUAUUAUUUUAAGAGCUGGGGGAUAUUACAGCUUCGUAAAAAUAUUAUCAAAGCUCACUGAACAUACACGUUAUACAGUCUACAUAGAACGUCGCCUUGGUGUUCGAGGAAUAAAAGAAAAUAUUCGAAUAUCCCCGCCAUUUCUCGCUUAGAAAAGGCAGCCAUCUUUCGGCUCAAAACUGGUACAUCCGCGUGUUCAAGAGUAAAUAGUCAGUUUUGUGAGGAAUCCGUUGACAAACACUCGAUGAUUCUCAUAUGCAAGCAUAGAUCUUGUACGACAUAAUUUCAGCAAACUACCAGCCAAAAUCACCUUUGAUUUACAAGCAUGCUAGCAGCAUUCAUUAAAAUGCUGAGCAGCUGGAAGCAACCUUGUUUAAGCUUUAGUCAGCAGUAUGUGUUAGCACAACGUGUGUCUAUUACUGUUCAUCACAAGUUCUCAACCCGCAAUAUUGCUGAAAAAGUUGAUCGGUCACCUACUUUUAAAGAAAGAAGUUUUGAUUUCUUUCAGAAAAGUGAAAAAUAUAAAGAUAUGUGGGUUCCUUCCAAUAAGAUGUUUCACAUCCCUGGUUACUGUGAAACAGAUGGUCAAUCCAAAAGAACAAUGACUGAUCUGAUUAUAGACUUUUCUGUGUCUGAGACCGUUUCAAAUGCUUUGAAGAAGCCAGCAUGUUAUAGCUCGUUGAUAUCAGGACCAUCUCAAGAAAAGAAUGUUUCCCUCGUCCUGGAUCAUUGCACUGGGAAUGAGGCGCUGAUUAUGGCUAACACACUAUUUCGAAUUGUGGGAGAAAAUUUUAAGAAAAGGAUUCUUUUACCGGUACCUGCUAUGCAAAGCAAAUCACUGGAUAAAGAAUUGCUCAUCUCAUCAAGAACUAGUCAUCUGGUCUUUCCUGUUUUCCUUGGAGAAGUCACAGCAAUCAAACGCUUGUUUGCGAUGCAUCUACGAACGUUUCAAAACGGACGUCUCACUCUUCCAGUGCCUCAAUGCAUUCGAAAUGAGUAUUCUCUGCAAUGCUUGGUUUACGAGUAACAUUAUAGUUUCAGCAAAGCCAAUGCUUCGCAUUGUCGAGAAUUUACUUCGGGCAGAAAUUUGUCUAUCUCCAGGCGUCUUUAGCCAAGAGACGCUCUCGAUGCUCAAAGUGCUCCGGAAGGCAGGCUUUGGAACAGACCAUCUUUUUGAAUCCUUGAUGUCAUCAUUAUCAUCCCCAAAUGCUCGGAAUUUGAACCUAGCACAAGCAACUCACGCUUUGGCACUUUUAGCUGACCAUCGCUGUCUGGUUGAUGAAAAUCUUAUCCAGAACAUCACACACCUUAUCGAAACUGCUGCUAAGAAACCAUUGCAGAUGCCUUAUGUGUUCAUGCACCCUUCUCGGGGAACGCGUGUCAAGGAUUUAACUCGCUUUUUGUGGACAGCAAGUUGUCUGAUUCCUACGAACGUAAUUUCUCAGGACAGAAUCGCGUCAGAAAUUAUAGACCAAGUGGACGCUGGCUGGAACACAGGCAGUUUCCAACUAGACCACGAUUGUCACCUGCUUUCAGAUUUCUUCCUUUCACUAGCCUGCUGGAAAAUCUAUCCUCAAUCGUUAAUCGACAAAAUCAUUGAUCGAAGUUUUAUCGAUGUCGUGCUGAGACAAAGGCAGACGAUCCGGCAGUCACGUCUAGCUCUGUUCCUGGUGGCAGCACAGAUUGAAGCUUCCCAUCUGCCGUUAGUGAACAAAUUCUUACCAGAGAUUGCUUCUAACUUACCUCCAUACAAGGUAGAAAAGGAAUUGUUGAAGCGUCCCCAACUUGCUCGUUUGGCCGGUCUGAUCGACCGCUACAGAGAAGAAUUGGGAUGGGAAAAUAUCCAUUGCUGUACAACAGUUCCACAUCUCAACUUGGCUGGUUUAACGUUCGAUCAUGAAGGGGGGAAAGUGGCAGUUGAAGUGCUAGAUUCCCAUGUCUGUAUGCGUCACAGUAAUAUUCCCGAACGUUUACUGAAUCUAAAGAUUCGACUGUCACGAGAACUAGGCUACAAAGUAAUCGAGUUGGACGUGCAGCAGACGAACCGAAAGGAGCAAGAAACUGAAGUGGAAGUUCACAUCUACAGCGACCAACAAGUGGCAAUGAUUAGAAAAUGCUUGGAAAAAUUAUAUAUGUGACCUAGACAAAUUGCUAAUAUAUGAAAAAUAGCCAUCCCCAA